AAGGCUCGGCUGGCAACCUGCCGGGUUGCGUGCCGCGUGCCCCUCUGCUGCCUCCUGCUUGUUGAGCAUGUGCAGAGAGCCAUUCGUCUGAAAUGGGAUAGGGUUUCCUGCCUGAGCAGGGGGUUCGACUACAUGACCUCCAAGAUUUCUGCAGAGAUGGCAUCCUUCGGGGCAGGCGGGUUCUUAAACCAAGGGUGCCCCCCUCUCCGGCAUUCGACAGGAAGGCAUCCUCGUCGUUGCUACCAGCUCUUCUCCUCCAUGUGGCUGGGAUUCGGACACUAACCCAAAAAAAUGGGGGGUCCAGUCGACGCUGCAAAGGGCCAAGCCUUCCUGUGGUCGCUCCUCGUGUGCACCGUGGUGCUGUCUCCAACCUUGGCCAUCAAAGUUUACACGGCAAACGAGAUCCACGGCACGGUGGGAUCUAAAAUUAAGCUGUCUUGCUCUUUCUGGUCCAACGAGUGGAUCUCCGACGACAUUUCCAUCACUUGGCACUUUCAGCCGGAACGUGGAAAGGACAGCAUUUCGAUAUUUCACUACGCCAAAGGCCAGCACUACAUUGACAACGUUGGGUCCUUCAAGGAGCGCAUCGAGUGGAUCGGGGACCCUCGCUGGAAAGACGGUUCCAUUAUCAUCCAUGACCUGGAAUACACCGACAACGGGACCUACACUUGCGAUGUCAAAAACCCGCCGGACAUUGUGGGGAGAACAUCACAAGUCACCCUCUACGUCUUUGAGAACGUUCCUACCAGAUACGGUGAGGUCCUGGGUGGCAUCAUCGGAGGCGUCUUGGCUGUGGUCUUAGUGGUCCUGCUGAUAGCUUACCUCAUCAGAUACUGCUGGCUGAGGAGACAAGCCACCCUACAGAGGCGGCUCAGCGCGAUGGAGAAAGGGAAACUGAGGCUGGGGAAGGAUUCUUCUAAACGGCGUCAUCAGACCCCCGUCCUGUACGCCAUGCUGGAUCACAGCCGCCUAACCAAGAGCGACAAGAAAUCCAGGGGAGGCUUUGGAGACUCGCGCAAAGAUAAGAAAUAGCGGUUAGCCGGCAGAGAAGGUAUCGAGAAGAAGGCGGCCAAGAGGCAGGUGGUCAUGACCAUCGAGAUGGAACCGAAGAAGGACCACCUCGAGGCCGAAGGCCUCAAGCCCGCCGUCAAGUCCCCCAGCAAGAACAGCCUCAAAAACGCGCUCAUGAAUAUCAUUAAAAGCGAUUCGGCCUUAUAAUUUGAACGCGGGGCCUUUCCUGGCCUUCCUCUUCUCAGGGGGGGAAGCCAGGAGGCCCCUUUCUCCUCCACCCAGUCCUCUUGGCUUUGCUAGGACCACCAGAUCGGGGGUGCAGUACCUCUGACUGCCAGCUGGAGGCAGCAAGGAGUGGGUUUGCGGGUCCCUGCUGCCACCUGCUGGCCCCUUGGAAGUUUGCAGCCCACCAACAGUGCUUUAAUGCACGUUUCCCAAUCUUACCAUCGUUUAAAAGGCAUGGACUACAACUCCCAGGUUUCUGGCUGGCAAAUUCUGGGCGUUGUAGUCCACCCAUCUUAAAGCCGAGAAACAGAAGCGUAGGCGAGUUAUGUGGUCAUCUGUACUGCUGCGAUAAUCUUGACUUCAAUCUGCUACAAUCCAACAUUUUGUGUUAGCGUUUUUGUACCCUCCCAAUGUCCCCCAAACUCACCAACUCGGGUACACACGCGCGUAAAUAACUCACAAAAACCUGCAGGAGAUUUGCUUAUAAUUUUCACUCAAGGGAGAUUUUCAUCAGCCCCUGGACCCCCGUUCAUCGCCAUGAGGAUAAAGCAGACUGGGUGCCCCGUCCUUUUAACCCUUCCGAAUUCUUAUAAAUUGGCCCGAAAGAUGCUAAAUUGUUGUCCCCAAACGGUGCCUUCUUCUGCUCUAACCACUGUGGAUCUCUUCCGCUCCGUGAUUCGAGCACAGAUGUAAUUUUCUUUCCUGCGGUUUUUUUUUCCUUUUUUUCUUUCUAAUCCAAGGAUCAGAUUUUAGCAUCUCACAAACUCACAAAGGGAGUUUAAUUUCCUUCAGGCAGGGAUUCUGCCCAGGAGAAACAAAAACAUCUCAUUUGCGAAAAUUCUCAGUUGAAACGAAAGAAGAAAAAGCGAUUUUUAUUUUUGAAAAAAAUGCCCCAAGGACUUCUAUCGCACGCGCGCUCUCUCACUCUCUCUCAGAUCCUAAGAGUAGUGAUCCUAAAGAGAGAUUUCAUUUUAGGCCAAAUUCGGAGCCUCCUGCUUGAGCAAAGCAUCAGAGACAUUUCAGGGCAGGUAAAAAAAAUUAUUAAUCAUUAAAAAUAACCCACUAAGACGAUCCCUAAAAUUUCUCAAGGAGGGGGGUUUUGCUCAUUUUAAAAGAGGCAGCCCAAUUUGGUCUGUUGGGAAAUUCUCGCCCCGUUGCAAAAAGUUGGUGCAAACCAGCUAAACCAAUUUUUUUCCCCCUACAAUAGAGAGAGAGAGAGAGAGAGAAGAAAAAAUGCAGAUUAUUUUCUGCCAGUUUCCUCCAAAGUCUGUCGAAGCAGACGAAUUUAUAUUUCUCUUCUGACUUGUUUGACAUUUUCGGAGCGUCCCCCGAGAGGGAAAUUAAACCAUCGUCUUGACAGCCGCAAAACCUUGCCAUACGAUCUGCAAAAGGGAGGUUGGGAGGAAGUUUAUGAUUAACCUGCGGAGAUAUUCUAUUGAUUUUUUUUCCUUCUUCUUCCUUGCUGUGCUCUGCCCGGUGACCGAACUCUGCAUGACGUUAAGUGGGUAGGCAAAGAUCAAGGGUUGCAUUUUCCUCCCCCCACCCCGUUUAUUCUGCUUCUGUUUUGGUGUUGUUGGUUUUUUUUUUUAAUUAAUCUGUUCAGAUUAACUAUUAGGACAACAUGUUCCAGCAGCAACAAAACAGCCAAAAAGACAGGAUGUCCCAGAUCAUUUUGUUAGCAAACACACACAACAGCUUCGGUUCGUGAAAGGGACCUUGGAGGUCAUCUAGUCCAACCCACUUCUCCAGCAGGAAUUCUUUUUUUCAGACAAUUUUACAUCCCUUUCUCGCCAGUGUCCUUUGGCAUGUUUCUUGCCUCUUCAAAUCACGCAACAUCGAAUGACGGUGCUAAAUCCAUGUAUAUAAGCAGACAAUUCCCACAGAACCUCAACAGGACAGUUCUGUGUAGCACAUGUUGUCACAAGUAGGCCUAGAAAACUAAACUGGGUUUUGUUUUUUUUAAAAAAAAUCCCAACAUGUACAAUUUCCUCGGGGUUUUCCCGACCCCAUGGAUGUCUUUCCAAAAAAAAAAAAACAGCCGUCGCCAAAAACAAACAGACAUCAUUAAAAUGACAAAGAAUUAAUUAAAAAGACUGACAUUUCUAUACCAA